AAUGGAGUCGUGGUCAGAUUUGCCAAAAGGAGUGCGGGGGAGGGCUUUGUAUGCAUUGCGGAAGUUAGAGUAACAAUGAUCCAGAAUGCUGCCAGCUCGAGUCGCGCAUUCGAUAUGCUGAUAAAAUUUAGGGAGCCUUGUUUUCAGAUUAGCUUUGUUAAAAUCCCCAGCUACGAUAAAUGCAGCCUCAGGAUAUAUGGUUUCUAGUUUACAUAGAGUCAGUGAAGUUCUUUCAGGGCCGUCGAGGUGUCUGCUCAGGGGGGGAUAUACACGGCUGUGAUUAUAAUCGAAGAGAAUUCUCUUGGUAGAUAAUGCGGUUGGCAUUUGAUUGUAAGGAAUUCUAGGUCAGGUGAACAAAAGGACUUGAGUUCCCGUAUGUUGUUAUGAUCACACCACGUCUUGUUAAUCAUAAGGCAUACACCCCCGCCCUUCUUCUUACCAGAGAGAUGUUUGUUUCUGUCGGCGUGAUGCGUGAAGAAACUGGGUGGCUGUACCGACUCUGAUAACAUAUCCCGAGUGAGCCAUGUUUCUGUGAAACAGAGAAUGUUACAAUCUGAUGUCUCUCUGGAAGGCAACCCUUGCUCGAAUUUCAUCUACCUUUUUGUCAAGAGACUGGACAUUGGCGAGUAGUAUACUCGGGAGCGGUGAGCGAUGUGUCUGUCUACGGAGCCUGACCAGAAGACCGCUCCGUCUGCCCCUUCUGUGGUGCUGUUGUUUUGGGUCAUUUACUGGAAUCAGAUCCAUUGUCCUGGGUGGUGGUCCGAACAGAGGAUCCGCUUCAGGAAAGUCGUAUUCCUGGUCGUAUUGUUGGUAAGUUGACGUUGCUCUUAUAUCCAAUAGUUCUUCCCAGCUGUAUGUAAUAAGACUUAAGAUUACCUGGGGUAACAAUGUAAGAAAUAAUACAUAAAAAAACAAAAUACUGCAUAGUUUCCUAAGAAUGCAAAGCGAGGUGACCAUCUCUGUCGGCACCAUCUUGCAUCAAUUAUCAAGACUUUUGUAAGUAUAAAACGUACCAGAAUGUCAAAAGUGUGGGUGUAAGAAAGGACAAAAACUGCGCAAAACAGUGAAAUCCAGACAUCAAAUGCUUUAUUAAAUAAAUGUUUAAAAACAUAUUAAAAGCUGAAAAAAAAGUUUAAGGUUAUUUUAGUCUCUACUAUGUGGAUGUUUGCUAAAGCGGAUCUGAUUGAAUAGAGGCAUAACUCUGUAAGCUUCUGUGUUAUAUAACCAUACCAAACGUAACAUAUCAUUCUAACUUAAGGUUUGCAUUUAAUAUGAUACAUCUAGUCUAUGAGACCAGGCUGGUUUAGCAUGGUCAAAAUACCCACAGGUCACAGAUGUCAAUUCAACGUCUAUUCCACGUUGGUUCAAUGUUUUGUUUGAAUUACAUGGAUACAACGUUGAUUCAACCAGUGUGUGCCCAGUGGGUAUGCUGUCGGUGCAGUAUGGGACUGUGUGUCCUUCACAGGGUUCAGCAGUGAAGCACUGGGUCAUGUUCAUUAGGCACCAAAUGGAAGAAAAGGUAUUGAAACAGUGAGGGAUUACCUUGACUAGUCCAGUUAGAAACGUACAUUUUCGUUUUACGUUGCAAAAUAUUUUACUUUGAAAAAGUUUUCUGUUGCAUGCCAUAAUAAACACAACCCUGUUGUCUGGACAAUAACAAUGUUGUUCUGAUAAUGUGACAUUAGAAUACGAUGUGCUGGACAAUCAACUCCAUAUCACACCUGUAGUUAUCAAUAAAUAUCUUCAGAUAAAAGUGUAUAAAUAAUUAAUCCAUCAGUUUGAGAAAUGUAUUUGGUUAUAAAUCAUUAGGCCACCACACGUUUAUCUUCUAAGUUCAUCCUUGACCCGUGAAAAAACAAUAGGCUAGUUCUCUCGGAAUCCAAGGGUAGAGUCAUAAGAAUGAGAUGAGCGAGGUGAGAUAGUGCUCUGUACUCUCUUUAUCUGCUCUGUGAAAUCACUGUGAUCUCUGGUGCAUAGAUAACACACACACACACACACACACACACACACACACACACACACACACACACACACACACACACACACACACACACACACACACACACACACACACACACACACACACACACACACACACACACACACACACACACACACACACGUGUUCACUCAUUAUAAAACACUACACUUUCUCUCAUUCGACAACAGUCCAACAGUCCUUGUCUGCCUGUCUGCACUGAAUCUGACUGCACUUGUCACAGCUUUGAGAUCUCAUGGAGGAGGAAAAGACAGAGAAAAUGUAUGAAGAAGGAAAGAAGAAAGAGAAAGAGGAAGAAGAGAAUGAAGACCUGAGGAGAUAUUGUCAAUACUUUACUAAAGAACAGUUGAUCAUGCUGUGUGUCUGUGUUGCUCUGCUUGUGCUACUUCUGGUCAUCAUCAUCACCUCUGUUCUCCUGACUCAAAAUGGUGGUAGGGCAUCUGAAACGAUCCUGCCGUUCCCUACUGAUGGAGACAUGCUGGACUUCCUCGUCCAAACUGGAGACAUCAGGGAGAGAGACGCGCUGUACGCCACCUGGUAUCACCGUGCCAACAACAAGUCAGAGAUGAACAUAGCACUGCAAAGUUCUAUCAUGGUUCUGGAGGCUGAUGUGACUGUGCAGGGAUACGCUACGGUCAACGUGACCACUAUCCCCAUCAUGGCUCAUCCUCCUGCUGUCUACAGUGACAACACUCUGGACCAGUGGCUGGAUGCCGUGCUCCAGUCAAAGAAAGGCAUAAAGCUGGACUUCAAAUGCAUCGAGGCGGUGACUCCCUCUCUGGGCAUCCUGAGCAUGAAGAACCAGACUAAAGGCAUCAACCGGCCGGUGUGGCUAAACGCUGACAUCCUCCCUGGGCCAAACGUCCCAGCCUUCUGGCCUGUCAUCGACGGACCUGAAUUCUUGGCAAUGAUCCAUCAGAGUUUUCCAGACGUGACCAUCUCUCCUGGAUGGGCAGUUCUGUAUCUGCCCCAGUUCCCAAACGUCACCUACACACAGGCCAUGGUGGAGGACAUGUACGCCAUCAUCAAAAAUGUCCCUCAGACAGUCACCUUCCCCAUCCACGCGCUCAUGGCCAAGAACGGAUGGCCUCACAUCAGCUGGCUACUCAGCCAGUCACCAAAGUUCAGUCUGACUCUGUGGCAGAGCCAGGAAAAGAACCCCAGUGUGAAUGACCUGCUGUUCGUCAGAGACAACACCAACCCUAAGCGGGUCUACUAUGACAUCUAUGAACCUGUCCUGUCCCAGUUUAAAGAAGCUGCCAAGCAAAGAGAUCGGCAGAGGAGGUUCUACCCUGGAGGAGACCUGAUUGACUAUUUCCAGCCGAAAUAUAGAGAUGGCUUGUACAUCCAGUGGAACACAGUCACCGACAGAACCUCACUGCUUUCUCUGCUGUCAGACAGUGCCAGUGGCAUGCUCAUCAUUCCAGUAGGAUCUGGUUCCGCCCAGCCUGGGGUCCCAGUGGUGGAGGGCUCCCGUCCAGAGUUCCUUCUCCAGGACUCCCUGAACCUGGUUCUGGCCUCUCCAAAACCCUUUGGUAUCUACUUAAGGAUCCAGUCCCAGAGCCAGCUGGAACCCUCUCUCCACCUCCUCAGCUCAGCUUACCACAGCGACCUCCUGUACCGCCCCGUCUGGGUCAACAUGGCUCUGUCCCAUGGAGCCUUCCAGACCCAGGGCUACAUCUCUGGGAGGGAGUUCCUCCACACAGUCAACCAGGUGUUCCCCUAUGUGACCCUGGCCCCCAGCUGGCCUCUUGAAGUCCUGAGGGAGGGGUAUAACAGGGCCAUGGUGGAUGACAUGGAGGUUUUACUGAAGGGGGCGUGGCAGGCUGUGUCCCUGCAGGUGAGGGCGGAGCCACUGGGGAGAUCUGUGGAGGGACAGAGGAGGAUUCGGGAGGUGCAGUCACGGUACUCACUUACAGUGGAGACCGGGACAGAAAGUGGGAUUGAUGAGGCAGGACCACAGGCAAUCAUGGCCAACCUCUCUGGGAGCAAAGACAGAAGCUUGUUUUUUUAUAACUGAGAACUACUGGUCUAAGAUGUGAAGACAUGAUCACCUCUUAAAUUAGUUACAUUUUCAUCUAAUCUUUUGUUGUAUUUAAAGUAAAUGAAAAACAACCAUUCAAUUUAAUUGUAAUAUAUUUAUUGUAAAAUUGUUAGCAAUAAUUUUGUACAAUCAUCUUUGUAAUUUCAAUUGUUUUAUAUAAAUAUAUAUAUAUAUAAAAAACUUUAAUGCCUGUAGUUUAAGAUAUGAUAUUCUUAUCUUAUGUGUAACUUGGCUGAAACAUUUGAAUGCCUCGUCAUAAAAAACAUCAUGAAACAUAUCUGACAUCAAAUGCAGUGUUACUUUCUGUAUUCUGACCCUCUAUAAAACAAUACAGAGCUCUACUCAGUAAAACAAACAGCUCGUUACUAUUCAUUCUCUGGAAAACUUCAAAUACAAUUUACAUUUCUGUCUCAUAUCAUUUUCACAUGUUAUAAUUGGAGAUGCAAAACAUUGUUAAAAACCAUCAGUGCCCCCAAAAAUGUUUGCUGUAGAUGCUCCUCUUUCAUUAGCCUGGUCCCAGAUAUAUUUUAAGGUCAUUGUCAACGGCCAUAGGAGUUGGCAAGACAGCACAAACCGAUUUAUGAACAGGCUCCUUACAUUAUUCACUCUAAUAAAAGAAGUCUUGAACUUCA